CUCCAAAUCCGAUCAAACAAUUUGACUUCCAACUUCCCUGGUUCUUACACGCAAGAUCCAUCUCUUUCCACUUCCGAACAUUCUAGGCAUACAGAAGUUCUGAGAAAGAGGAAAUGGCUUCCAGAGGACUUGAGAUGGGCCUAAUCCUAGUCCUGAUGGGAAUGCUAUGGGCUAAAGCCGACGCCCAAAGCUGCACCACGGCACUUACCAGCUUAUCCCCAUGCCUAAACUACAUUACUGGAAAUUCAUCCACCCCAUCGCCUACAUGCUGCUCACAGCUGAAGAGCGUCGUUCAAUCAUCACCACAGUGUCUUUGCUCUGCGCUUAACAGUGGCGCUUCAUUGGGAAUUAGUAUAAACCAGACUCUUGCUCUGCAACUCCCUGGUGCUUGUCAGGUGCAAACUCCACCAAUUAGCCAGUGCAAUGCUGGAACGCCUUCAACUCCAGCAGCUCCACCAGCAGCGUCUCCAACUGGUUCACCAUCAGAUUCUUCUGAUGAGACACCCGAGGGUGCCAUUACUCCUUCAGCGUCAGACGUUCCUUCUGGAACAGGAUCUAAAUCUGUCCCAUCAGUUGACGGGGGAUCAUCCGAUGCAAGCACAGCAAAAGCUUCCCUUCGUUUGAUUCUCGUCCUUCUCUUCAUUGCAACCGUCACCAAAUACUGAGUUAGUCAGGGUCCUCUAUAGGGAAUUGUUGCGUGUUUUUUGUAGCUUUGAUGAUGAUUCUUUAUCCCAUAGUUUCGUGAUAUGAUUCUUGUUUCCAAUGAUACGAGUGUUGUUGUACUGCUUUGUUUGAGUUGUUUAAUAGGAAAUUAUCCAUGGACUUUCUUAGUUUCCUUUAUUAUUCUAUUGGUCAAAUUCUGAAUUUAGUCUCUGUAUCAUAUUAAAACUGUAACUUAAUCCUUUUAUUAUUAUUUGCACAAA